AUGUAUGAAACAAAUUAUACUGCGGUAUGUGAAUUUGUGUUUCUAGGACUUUCUACAUAUGGACCGAUUCAGCAUUUCUUCCUCACCUGCUCUACAGUGUUGUACCUCACCAUUGUGCUGGGAAACACCCUCGUUGUGAUUACAGUGACCUUCGAUGCUCAUUUACAUUCCCCCAUGUACUUCCUUUUAGGAAACCUCUCAUUUAUUGAUUUAUGUCUUUCUACCUUAACGGUUCCCAAAAUGAUUUUUGACCUCUACUCUGGACACAAUACCAUAUCAUUCCAGGGGUGUGUCAUCCAGAUUUUUGUCCUUCAUGUCCUGGGUGGAUCUGAGAUGGUGCUCCUGGUAGCCAUGGCCUUGGACAGAUAUGUGGCCAUCUGCAAGCCCCUCCACUACCUGACCAUCAUGAGCCCACGGAUGUGCAGUUUGCUUCUGUCUGGUGCUUGGCUUAUUGGUAUCAUUCACUCAGUGGCCCAGUUAGCCUUUGUUGUCCAUUUGCCUUUCUGUGGUCCUAAUGAGAUAGAUAGUUUUUACUGUGAUCUUCCUCAAUUUAUCAAACUGGCCUGCUCAGACACCUAUAGAAUGGAGUUCAUGGUGACUGCCAACAGUGGGUUCAUUUCCACAGGCACCUUCUUCUUGCUGAUUAUCUCCUAUAUCCUCAUCCUGUUCACUGUAUGGAAACACCCUUCAGGUGGUUUGUCCAAGGCCCUCUCCACCCUUUCAGCUCACAUCUCUGUGGUGGUUUUGUUUUUUGGACCAUGCAUCUUUGUUUAUAUGUGGCCAUUUCCCACAGUGUCGGUGGAUAAAUUUCUUGCCAUUUUGGACUUUCUGAUCACCCCCAUCCUGAAUCCUGCCAUUUACACAAUGAGGAACAGAGACAUGAAGCUGGCAAUGAGGAAACUGAUUAGUCAGCUCCUGGGUCUGAGGAAAAUCUCCAAAUAG